UAUAUAAGUACGACAGCAACGUUAGUAAGGAAAAAGAUUGAAGAAGCAGAAAACAAUCAUCAUCAUCAAACUUGUUUCUUUAUGGUUGCACAGUUACACUCUCAACACAAACCUGUGACAUUUUUGGUUGCAUGUGUAUAAUCACCGACACUUACACUACAUCCUCCAAUCACCGACAACAUAACGACAUCAACCAACUCUCUCAUUCAUAUAUAUAGAUACUGCCACGUGUCAUCAUCAAAAUGAUCACCACCUACAACGGUGCCUCCGGUGGCCGUACUGUGGUUGUUGGUGUGAAGAUGGAAUCUAACAGUCAUAGCACUGAGUUGUUGACAUGGUCUUUGGUCAAUGUUGCUCAACCUGGUGAUCUUAUUCUUGCUCUUCAUGUUCUUAGAAAUGAUGAAAUUGUGAAUCGAGAUGGGAAAUCUUCUUUAUUUUCUCUUGUCAAAGCAUUUGAUUCAGUGCUUUCUGGUUACGAAGGAUUCUGCAACUUGAAACAGGUGGAUCUGAAGCUAAAAAUUUGCCGGGGUUCGUCAGUGAGGAGAAUUUUGGUUAGAGAAGCAAAUGAAUAUUGUGCAACUCAUGUUAUAGUUGGAAAAUCUCAAGGUCUUAUUAGACCAACUAUUUCUUUACCUAGGUAUUGUGCUAAGAAGCUAUCAAAGGAUUGUUGGGUUUUUGCUGUUGAUAAUGGGAAAGUUGUGUUCAAGAGAGAUGGAUCACCGACAAAUCACGUUGACUUAAAAGGUCACCGAAUUGGGUUGCUUGGUUCGAUACAACGGACAUUCAGCAAGAGUUCAAAAGUACUAAAUGAUGAUGUGGAAGAAUCAAUAUUGCAGGAUUCAUCUUGCUACCAAGCUGCAGAUCAAGAGUCUUAUUUCGGCGACGAGGGUGAUAGUGAGAAGAACUCGUUGGCUAUGGUUCCGGUAAAAGCAACUGAUGCUGGUUCUAGCAUGAGAACUUUACAUGACAGAGAAGUAACUGCUUUAAAACCUGGUUGGCCACUACUCCAUCGUACAAUUUCGUCAGACAGGAAAGUUUCUGAAAGAUCGUUGUUUCGUCGGAUUUCAGUGGUCCAAUGGGCAAUGCAGUUGCCCUCUAGAAAUCUUUCCUUUGAUAAAGAUCAAUUUUUGGGUCUAGAUAGCAAAAGUGGUGCUCUUGUUCCGGUGAAUGCCGAAAUAGGAAUGGUUGCUUCACCUGAACGCAAAUCUAUGUGCGUUCCUAAAGAAUUAGAGGGCCUUCAUGAGAAAUACUCAUCUACUUGCAGAUUGUUUAAGUACCAAGAACUUGUAUCAGCAACAUCAAACUUCUUGCCGGAAAAUUUGAUUGGUAAAGGAGGAAGUAGUCGGGUUUAUAAAGGUUGCCUCCCUGAUGGAAAGGAACUUGCUGUUAAGAUCUUAAAGCCUUCUGAUGAUGUUUUGAAGGAGUUUGUUUUAGAGAUAGAAAUUAUCACCGCUUUGCAUCACAAAAACAUCAUUUCUCUCAUUGGAUUCUGCUUUGAAGAUGACAAUCUUCUUUUGGUCUAUGAUUUCUUAUCAAGAGGGAGCCUUGAACAAAACCUUCAGGGUAGUAAGAAAAAUUCGCUCGAGUUAGGUUGGACUGAGAGAUAUAAGGUGGCAAUGGGCGUUGCUGAGGCUUUGGAGUAUCUGCAUAAUAACAGUGACCAACCUGUGAUCCAUCGUGAUGUAAAAUCAUCAAAUGUGUUAUUAUCUGAGGAUUUUGAACCUCAGCUCUCUGACUUUGGACUUGCGAAAUGGGCAUCAACCUCGUCAUCAUCUAUAACCUGCACAGAUGUUGCCGGAACUUUUGGUUACUUGGCACCUGAAUAUUUCAUGUAUGGUAAAGUAAAUGAUAAGAUUGAUGUCUAUGCAUUUGGUGUGGUGCUUCUUGAGCUUCUUACACGGAGAAAGCCUAUAAGUGGCGAUUAUCCUAAAGGUCAAGAGAGCCUUGUCAUGUGGGCAAGUCCAAUUCUAAAUAGUGGGAAGCUGUCACAAUUGUUGGAUCCUAGUUUGGGUGAUAACUAUGAUCAUGAAGAGAUGGAAAGGAUGGUCUUAGCAGCAACACUUUGUAUCAGACGUGCUCCAGGAGCUAGGCCUCAUAUGAGUCUUAUCUCAAAGGUCCUUAAAGGCGACGCCGUUGUAAUAAAGUGGGCAAAGCUAGAAAUUAAUGCUUUGAAAGCAUCAGAAUUGCUUGAUGAAGAAGCAUGUCCACCUUCUGACAUACAAUCACACCUUAAUCUUGCAUUGCUUGAUGUGGAUGAUGACACACUCUCCAUGUUCAGUGUUGAGCAAAAUGUCUCUUUGGAGGACUACUUGAGAGGCAGGUGGAGUCGUUCAUCUAGCUUUGAUUGAGCAAACUCCUAGCAUAAUGCUAGAAGAAACUAUAUUUACUUAAUCCAAAUAUUUUGUACAUUUGUUGUAUGUAUAUGUAUAUUGUACCACGGGGCUUGAGUCUAGCAAGAUGGGCUAGUCCGCCACACCGUGACGAAGCAAAGUUCGAAUCCAUGCUGAAAGAGGUGAAAAUAUUUACAAGAUUACCUCCGAUGGAAGGAACUUGUAGAAAACCAAUAAUAGAGAUGUACACAUGUGGAAUUGGACGAUCUCUCAAAGAAGAUUGCAUCCAAUAAAAAGUACAUGUGGAAAACCGGUAUAUUUAUAUAGUGUCACCUGUUCCAUUAUCAUAAUUAGAUAUUUUCUAUGGAAAUUCAUUGAUGGGUUAGGAUGAGAGGUUGUUUGUUUGUGCCCUCCUCCUUCCCUUCAUCUGAGAAACCAUGCCUAUGUAAUAAUUUGUAAACUAUAAAAUCUAUUGAUCUCAAUUUGAUAGUGUUA